AUGUCCUUUGAUAGAGUAAUUCAAGACUCUGACGAUGAGGACGAUCCUUUGUCGGAAAUGCCGCCCCCAGUCAAGCGAGCCCGGGAGCAGCCAAAGGAUCAUGUUGAUAAUGUCACCAGUUGCAAUGAGCAAUCUGCAGCGGUAACACCAGGCGGCCAAGCGCAAGGUCUAGACCAUGGAAAUUAUCUUGCCGUUGACUUUGACGCAUUCCUACAGUCUCAGGAAACAGCGCCAAAUGUCUUUUCUGCCUCUCAGCAACGGAGGGAGGAGAGGUGGAUUCCGUCAGACGCUGGGGCGGGGUCAAUUGGCUCAGUAAUGACGGAAAUUGGACUUGCGCAGCAACGGCUUUUCGACGAUGCUCCACAUUCAGCUAUCCGCGAGGCCCAGACAGCCGCUUGUGGCAAUCAGCCGGACAAUUGCUCAGCACUUGCCGAGUCUUCAGUUCCCCUGAACAUGGCAGUGUCGAAUUACGACGAUUACAAUCACCACGAGGGGAGUCCUGUUGCUCUACAACUUGGCUCAUUCGAUACUCCCACAUCGCAAGACAUGGCUCUCCUCAAUGGCAAAAACCACGGGCACGGUUACUCCAACAAUGACAUUACCGGAUUCUACGGAGAUCAUAUACGGCAAGUCGGGCCGCUAAAUUGUUCGUCGACUCAUGACCUGGCGCAAUCCUCAACGUCAUACAACUUCUUUGAAUCAUCCCUGAAUCAAGCUGCACAGUUGAAUGACGAUCUCCAGAGCCAUCUGAGAUCAAGCGGUACAGUGCAGACGGAGGCCAUUCAUAAAACCCCAGGAAGGUCACAUUCCAUGCAAGCUACAUCUUACUCUCCCCACGAUACCGAGCCAAUCUCGUCAUUAGUGACGCCGAAAGUCAAUAGAGUCCAAAGCGAUAGCACUUACCGAUAUGCUCCAUCGCAGUCGCAAAGAAGCGAAUGCGAUGAGCUCGCCGCCCCUGUUACAGUCGAGAUACCGGCUGUUAAAUUGAAGCGCGGGCGCAAAAGAAAGCAAGACAUACCGGAAGGCGACGAAGAUGAUGAGCUUGCUCCCUCAAAUGAUCGAGCCAUCCCAGAGGGUGGUGAAACAGUGAAGAGAAAGCCAAGCCGGCCACCGAAGGUCGUACGGACGUUGAACGAAUCUGAUGACGCCGGGCUGGCCAACAAUCAGCCAAAAGACCAGCCUGUUCCUAAUACGGAAGAGAUUCAAGAUCUAGGUGAUACGCCACUGACUCCUGAUGCAAUUGAAUCGAACCCAAAGGCCAACGGGAUAUCACAUGUGCCAGAAAAGGACUAUUUUCGAGUUGAAGUUGCCAAUGGUUCAAAAGACAAUGGGACAGAAGUCUUGAACGACCAGCCUGCCGAAAUAAGUACCCCGCCGGCGAAGCCCUCGAAAAAGGCGAAAGAAAUCAAGAAGAAAAAACUGAAGCGUGGAAAGACUACCUCAGUGACGUUGAAGAAAUCUUAUGAAUCAGAUAUCGAAGACGACGUGAUCUGGGUCGAUGAAAGACCCUCAAAUCAUAUCCUACAAGACGAACAGCCUGCUCAGAAACCCAGCAAUGACCAAACAUCUGUCGAUACAAAAGACACGGAAUUGUUUCAUAUCCAGAUACCAAUACCUCUCUCAGACUCUGCGCCUGAGGUGAUUGAUCCCAAAACUUCGCUCGCGACAUGGAAAGACGAACCAAAGCCUGCGUCUCCAACGCCCAAGAAGCGAGGACGCAAAAGGAAGAAGACAUCAGAGCUACAAAUCAGCGAAGAGUCUCCCACCCAAAAUGCCAAUAACCUCACAGGCACCCGAGACGAUCAUAAAGCAGCACCGCAGCAGCAAUCAGAGAUUGGCGAAUCCAUCAUGCUCAAGCAGCCUUCAGACCAAGGCGUCAUUCAACAGAAGACUGAAAUCACGGAUGACAACCCUCCUUCAGGAGAAGAAGAAACGUCGCAUCCAGAGUCGCUCUCGCCCUCCGAGCACUCAGUAGCCACAGAGGCAAACGCCCCAGAAACCCCAAAGAAACCGGACUCAACCUCUAACCAGGCAGACACGAGUACGUGUCCCAAGACAAAAGUCCCUGGAAAAGGUCCUGACAAGCACAGCCCUAUCGCGGGAACAAGCAAAGUGCCCUAUCGAGUUGGGCUGAGCCGCAGGGCCAGAAUCGCGCCUCUGCUUAAGAUCGUCCGACGAUAA